ACUUAUCCAGACGGAGAGCAGGAGCAGAGAGAGAGAGAGAGAGAGAGAGAAAGGGGGAGAGAGGGAGGGAGAGAGAGAGGCUCUGUAAGUGGGGGUGAGACUUGAGAAAUAGGAGGAGCUUCUGAACGACUAAAAAUGUCAAUCACAAAAAGGAGUUCCAAUAAUCUAAAGCAAUCUGUAAGGACCUGACCUUAGUCCAUUCAGAUCAAUAGGGAAGUAAGGGAGGAAAGCGCAAUCGGAUCGUUUACACUGGCUCUUUCGGAGGAAAUAUAGACUUCCCUGACACUUUGUACUCACUGUAAAGUGGAUAUCGUGGUGCGCACCAAGAGGGCGAUUCGCCGCUUUUUGUGACUCCAGUAGACUUUCUCCACAACAAUGUCUUUCCCACAGCUGGGAUAUCAGUACAUCCGACCCAUAUACCCGCAGGACAGGCAGGGGAUAGGCAGUGCCCGAGCCGGGACAGACCUGAGCCCGUCCGGAGCGCUCUCUAAUGUUCUCUCCACUAUGUACGGAUCACCUUUCGCUGCCGCACAAAGCUAUGGAGCUUUUCUUCCUUAUUCAAAUGAUCUGUCCAUUUUCAACCAGCUGGGGGCACAGUACGAACUGAAGGACAGUCCGGGCGUCCAGCAUCCUGGAUUUGCCCACCAUCAUCCAGCUUUUUACCCAUAUGGUCAGUACCAGUUCGGAGACCCUUCCAGACCCAAAAAUGCCACCAGGGAGAGCACCAGCACGCUCAAGGCCUGGUUAAGUGAGCACCGGAAAAACCCGUACCCUACCAAAGGCGAGAAGAUUAUGCUGGCCAUUAUCACCAAAAUGACCCUCACUCAAGUGUCCACCUGGUUCGCCAACGCCAGGAGGAGGCUAAAGAAGGAGAACAAGAUGACCUGGGCCCCACGGAGUCGGACGGACGAAGAAGGAAAUGUUUACAACAGCGAUCACGAGGGAGAGGACGGCGACAAACGCGAGGAUGAGGAGGAAAUCGAUUUGGAAAAUAUUGACACGGAGAAUAUUGAGAAUAAGGACGAUUUAGACGAGCAGGACGAGCUGCAUUCUGAUUUGAAACUGGAUGGCAGGAGCGACUCUGAAAUUUCAGACGGCUAUGAGGAUUUACAAGGACCGGAGCAAAGGUUGUUCAAAGCGAUGGUGAAAGACGGCAAAGAGAUUCACGGCGACCGCGCAGAGCACUUUCACCAUCACAGUCAUCAUCAUCAUCACCACCACCACAACAACUUAGAACAGGCCAACAGCGAGCCGGUCAAACUCAACCAGGCCAUCAUCAACUCUCCGCCCUCAGAAAACAACCCACCUCCGGCUCCAAAACCUAAGAUCUGGUCUUUGGCAGAGACUGCCACAACUCCAGACAAUCCACGAAAAUCUCCUCUGAUGAACGGGACUUCCGCUGCGUCCGCCGCUCAGACCAUCAUCACUCCUCACAGACUCCUUUCGUGUCCCGUAGGGAAAAUCCAGAGCUGGACAAAUCGGGGUUUCACCGCACACCAGCUCGCCUUGCUGAACUCAAACCACUACUUAGGACUCAGUAACCAGGCUUCGGCGAAUGGCCUUGCCCUGUACAGCAGACAAGCAGAGGACAGGAGUCAAAACUCCGAGUCCACAGUCACAGAAAGAUCUAGUGCCUUGGAAGCAGAGAAAAAGUUGUUAAAAACAGCCUUCCAUCCUGUUCAAAGACGGCCCCAGAACCAACUCGAAGCUGCCAUGGUAUUAUCCGCCCUCUCGUCCUCGUAGGCUUUUCUCUCUUUUUUGUUUACUUCUCAUGUUAACCUGUGUAAGGAAUGUAAAAUAAAAAUAACUCACUUCUGUAUACUUACAUUGUAAGCAUGUCCUGUGUACAAUGGCUGAUGUUAAUGCUGUCAGGCCAAGUAGUCUGUGAGUCCCAUUUUCUUUUGUAAGCUCUGUGAGGAUUUGAUGUUGAAAUGUUUUGUAUAUAACGUAAAGAAAAUGUAUAUACUUGUGAUCCGAAAUUGUACAAGAAAGUCUAUAUUUUGGCUAAUAAAUGAACCGCUGCAACUUUACAGUCACUUUUCCUUUUUUUAAAAAACGACUAAAAAAAAAAAACAAUGGAGGAGUGCUAAUAUUGU